CUCCCUGCAGCUGCAGCUGCAACGGCUAGUCCCCCACCCCAAGCUGCUUCCCGCCUCUUUUCUCUAUAAAUUCACUCGCAUCUUCACCUCCGCAAGAAUCAGUUUCCGCGGCGACAUCGUCCACCUCCGAUCCAUAGAUUUUGUUCUUCUUCUUUUUUUUUUUUUUUGUGUGUGUCGAGUAUCGGACCCGGUUCUUGAUUCAUUCUCUGUCGAGAACAACCCGCCCCGCCAUGACCAAGAUCGACACCCUCCGUCGGUUCAUCCUCCCUUGCUUCGCCCCUCCCUUGGCCUCCCCGCCAAUCGCCGCGCCCGCCCCUGCCCCCGCCACCAAGAAGCGCAUAAGCACCUCGCUUCGAGACGACAUUUACGACGAACCCAGAAUCCAAGAUCACAAUCUGGACCUUGAUCGACUUCGGAAGGGAAGCGGCGAUGUCGAAGAUGACGGAUCCGGGGGAGACGCUGCGGGCUCGACGUCCCCCGUGGCCGUGGCGCCGCCGCGCCCUUCCAAGACCAUGGUGAUCGGGACGAUCUUUGGCCCGCGCCGCGGGCACGUGUGGUUCUGCGUGCAGCACGACCGCCUCUCCACGAAGCCCUCCCUCCUCCUCGAGCUCUCGAUCCCGACCCAGCAGCUCGUCAAGGAGAUGCAGUCGAGCGAGCUCGUCCGGAUCGCCCUCGAGUGCUCCGCCGACUCGGAGCCCGGGCUCGGUUCUUGCCCUCUGCGGUCCGUGCCCAUGUGGACCCUCUCCUGUAACGGGCGGAAGCUCGGCUUCGCGACGAAGAGGAAAGCGAGCGAACAGAACCGGUCAAUGCUCAAGACAAUGCAGUCGAUGACAGUUGGUGCCGGAGUCAUACCAUCUGGGACCGGCUCGGCGAGCUCCGAGGAGAUCAUGUACAUGCGGGCGAAUUAUGAGCACGUCGUUGGCAGCGCCGACUCAGAGUCCUUCCAUCUGAUUAACCCAGACGAGUGCCAGGGUCAAGAACUCAGCCUGUUCUUGCUCAGGACGCGAUAAUUAUACAAAGUUUCGGAGUUUUCCCUAAGGUGCAAAUCGAAUCGAUAUCUUUUAAAUCCCGAUUUUGAUGGAGCGCGACGUCAAGAAUCUUCGUGCAAGUUGGCUUAGCCUAGUUCACUGAUCUAGAGAGAGAAAUUGAACACAGAUUUGAUUUGCUUUUAGAAUUGAUGAUACUCAAGAAGUUUUGGGUCUUCAAGAAGGUGGGUCACUGUGAGAAUAUGUAACUUUAUGUGGACGUGCCUAUCUUUUUUCUUCGGCUUUUGGUUUGUUGACUGGUAUACGUGGUGGGCUAGAAGAAGAAAGCUUAUUCAAGUGCAAAGAGAAAGUUCGUUUUUCUGAGUCUUUUGGUACUUUCUGUAGUGUUUUAGAUGGAAGCUGAGAUUCUUCUCAGCGAUCUUGUAAAUUUUCGACAGUGAAAUGAUAAACCAGAUAUCUUCUUCA